AUGAGAAUGUAUGGUCAAUUUUUACAAAUUUUUGCUUUGCUCUGCGUGCUAAGUCAGACAAGUGCUCACUUCAGUCACUCAGGAACCUUCAAUGCUGGAGGAACAGUAACUGGAAGUUUAAUAGGUGAUCUUCUCAGAGCUGGUGGUAAUGUGAAAUAUCAACUAGCUAAUGUCGCUGAUAAUGCAGCUAACAGGAUUCGUGGUAUGUUUCAUAAAAAAACAUUACCAAAUGCAUCAGUUGGUUUCCAAACUGGAUACAAUGUACAAGCUAUGCCGUAUGCUAACUCUCAACCUCCUAUGAAUGCUUAUAGUAGAGGGGGAGGAGUCAACAGCAAUUUUGGUUAUAACAUUGGUGUUGCACCAGUAGGUUCUUAUGAUUCUUAUCGUCCAUCUACUCCAUCAGGAGAUGUUGGGGGACGUAUCGAUAUAGGUACAUCAAUAUCUUCGACAUCAGGGAGUUUAUUAGGCGAUGAUCACUUAGAAUAUGUCAGUGCUACUGGACAACGGAGAAGACUUACUUUUGAAGAAUUUGUCCAACAUAUAAGAACAAUAGUUGAAAAAACAAAAUUACCAGCGAAAGGAUGUUCAGGAACGUGUCCUGGAGCAGACUACGGUAAGAAUGCUGGAGGCUAUAUUGGAGGACGGGCUAGUGGAUACGUUGGAAUACCAGGGAGUGGAUACUCAGGACCACCGACAUGGACACCUAGUGGUGGAUACCCAGCAGCACCUACAUGGACACCUAGUAAUUCUUACCCAGGAGCAAUUUCAUGGACAGCUGGAGGUGGAUACCCGGGAGCACCCACAUGGACACCUAGUAGGGGAUAUCUAGGGGCACCCACAUGGAGACCGAGUGGAGAUUACCCAAGUGUGCCGACAUGGCCACCAGGUGGCGCAUAUCCAGGAAUGUCUACAGUAACACCGGGAAGUGCAUAUCCAGGAACAACUACAUUAAUACCAGGUGGCGCAUAUCCAGGAGCGUCAACAAUAAUACCUGGUAGUGGGUACUCAGGAGUAUCCACUGGGCCACCUUCCGGUGUAUACACAGGACCUGCAACUAGUGGAGUAGUAGGCCCUGCACCUGGUGGUGGAGCAACAGGAUUAACAUCUGAUGGUAGAGGAAGAGAAUUCACAACCGGAGGUGCACUAGGAGCACCGGCAACUGGAAGUGGAGCAACAGGAUUAAUACCAGGGGGCACAUAUCCAGGAGCGUCAACAGUAAUACCUGGUGGUGGGUACUCAGGAGUAUCCACUAGGCCACCUUCCGGUGUAUACACAGGACCUGCAACUAGUGGUGUAAUAGGCCCUGCACCUGGUGGUGGAGCAACUGGACUCCCAACCGGUGGCGGAGUAGGGAGGUUUGCACCUGGUGGUGGAGCAACCGGUCUUUCAACUGGUGGUGGAGCAACAGGAUUGACAACCGGUGGUGGAGCAACUGGACUUCCAACCGGUAGUGGAGUAGGAGGCUUUGCACCUGGUGGUGGAGCAACUGGACUUCCAACCGGUGGUGGAGCAACUGGACUUCCAACCGGUAGUGGAGUAGGAGGCUUUGCACCUGGUGGUGGAGCAACAGGAUCACAACCGGUAGUGGAAGGCUUUGCACCUGGUGGUGGAGCAACAGGAUCGACAACCGGUGGUGGAGCAACUGGACUCCCAACCGGUAGUGGAGUAGGAGGCUUUGCACCUGGUAGUGGAGCAACUGGAUUGACAACUGGUGGCGGAGUAAGAGGCUUUGCACCUGGUGGUGGAGCAACAGGAUUGACAACUGGUGGUGGAGCAACUGGACUCCUAACCGGUGGUGGAGCAACUGGACUGCCAACGGGUGGCGGAGCAACAGGAUCGACAACCGGUGGUGGAGCAACUGGACUCCCAACCGGUAGUGGAGUAGGAGGCUUUGCACCUGGUGGUGGAGCAACAGGAUUGACAACUGGUGGCGGAGUAAGAGGCUUUGCACCUGGAUCGACAACCGGUGGUGGAGCAACUGGACUCCCAACCGGUAGUGGAGUAGGAGGCUUUGCACCUGGCGGUGGAGCAACAGGAUUAACAACUGGUGGCGGAGUAAGAGGCUUUGCACCUGGUGGUGGAGCAACAGGAUUGACAACUAGUGGUGGAGCAACUGGACUCCUAACCGGUAGUGGAGCAACUGGACUGCCAACGGGUGGCGGAGCAACAGGAUCGACAACCGGUGGUGGAGCAACUGGACUCCCAACCGGUAGUGGAGUAGGAGGCUUUGCACCUGGUGGUGGAGCAACUGGAUUGACAACUGGUGGCGGAGUAAGAGGCUUUGCACCUGGUGGUGGAGCAACAGGAUUGACAACUAGUGGUGGAGCAACUGGACUCCCAACCGGUAGUGAGUAUGAGGCUUUGCACCUGGUGGUGGAGCAACUGGACUGCCAACGGGUGGCGGAGCAACAGGAUCGACAACCGGUGGUGGAGCAACUGGACUCCCAACCGUGGAGCAACUGGACUGCCAACGGGUGGCGGAGCAACAGGAUCGACAACCGGUGGUGGAGCAACUGGACUCCAACCGGUAGUGGAGUAGGAGGCUUUGCACCUGGCGGUGGAGCAACAGGAUUGACAACUGGUGGCGGAGUAAGAGGCUUUGCACCUGGUGGUGGAGCAACAGGAUUGACAACUAGUGGUGGAGCAACUGGACUCCUAACCGGUAGUGGAGCAACUGGACUGCCAACGGGUGGCGGAGCAACAGGAUCGACAACCGGUGGUGGAGCAACUGGACUCCCAACCGGUAGUGGAGUAGGAGGCUUUGCACCUGGUGGUGGAGCAACUGGAUUGACAACUGGUGGCGGAGUAAGAGGCUUUGCACCUGGUGGUGGAGCAACAGGAUUGACAACUAGUGGUGGAGCAACUGGACUCCCAACCGGUAGUGUAGUAGGAGGCUUUGCACCUGGUGGUGGAGCAACUGGACUGCCAACGGGUGGCGGAGCAACAGGAUCGACAACCGGUGGUGGAGCAACUGGACUCCCAACCGGUAGUGGAGUAAGAGGCUUUGCACCUGGUGGUGGAGCAACAGGAUCGACAACCGGUGGUGGAGCAACUGGACUCCCAACCGGUAGUGGAGUAGGAGGCUUUGCACCUGGCGGUGGAGCAACAGGAUUAACAACUGGUGGCGGAGUAAGAGGCUUUGCACCUGGUGGUGGAGCAACAGGAUUGACAACUAGUGGUGGAGCAACUGGACUCCUAACCGGUAGUGGAGCAACUGGACUGCCAACGGGUGGCGGAGCAACAGGAUCGACAACCGGUGGUGGAGCAACUGGACUCCCAACCGGUAGUGGAGUAGGAGGCUUUGCACCUGGUGGUGGAGCAACUGGAUUGACAACUGGUGGCGGAGUAAGAGGCUUUGCACCUGGUGGUGGAGCAACAGGAUUGACAACUAGUGGUGGAGCAACUGGACUCCCAACCGGUAGUGUAGUAGGAGCUUUGCACCUGGUGGGAGCAACUGGACUGCCAACGGGUGGCGGAGCAACAGGAUCGACAACCGGUGGUGGAGCAACUGGACUCCCAACCGGUAGUGGAGUAGGAGGCUUUGCACCUGGUGGUGGAGCAACAGGAUUGACAACUGGUGGCGGAGUAAGAGGCUUUGCACCUGGUGGUGGAGCAACAGGAUUGACAACUAGUGGUGGAGCAACUGGACUCCCAACCGGUAGUGGAGUAGGAGGCUUUGCACCUGGUGGUGGAGCAACUGGACUUCCAACCGGUGGUGGAGCAACAGGAUCGACAACCGGUGGUGGAGCAACUGGACUCCCAACCGGUAGUGGAGUAGGAGGCUUUGCACCUGGCGGUGGAGCAACAGGAUUGACAACUAGUGGUGGAGCAACUGGACUCCAACCGGUAGUGGAUGGAGUAGGAGGCUUUGCACCUGGUGGUAGAGCAACUGGACUCCCAACCGGUAGUGGAGUAGGAGGCUUUGCACCUGGUGGUGGAGCAACUGGAUUGACAACUGGUGGCGGAGUAAGAGGCUUUGCACCUGGUGGUGGAGCAACAGGAUCGACAACCGGUGGUGGAGCAACUGGACUCCCAACCGGUAGUGGAGUAGGAGGCUUUGCACCUGGUGGUGGAGCAACUGGAUUGACAACUGGUGGUGGAGUAAGAGGCUUUGCACCUGGUGGUGGAGCAACAGGAUUGACAACUGGUGGUGGAGCAACUGGACUCCUAACCGGUGGUGGAGCAACUGGACUGCCAACGGGUGGCGGAGCAACAGGAUCGACAACCGGUGGUGGAGCAACUGGACUCCCAACCGGUAGUGGAGUAGGAGGCUUUGCACCUGGUAGUGGAGCAACUGGAUUGACAACUGGUGGGGAGCAACUGGACUCCAACGGUAGGGGAGCAACGGAUGCACUGGUGGUGGAGCAACAGGAUGACAACUGGUGGUGGAGCAACUGGACUGCCAACCGGUGGUGGAGCAACUGGACUGCCAACGGGUGGCGGAGCAACAGGAUCGACAACCGGUGGUGGAGCAACUGGACUGCCCAACCGGUAGUGGAGUAA